AUGCACAGCACUAUACAUAUUGAUGAAAAGUGGUUCUACAUGACUAAAGGAACUCAGAGAUUCUAUCUUGCUCCAGGAGAGCAAGAACCUCAUAGAACAUGUAAAAAUAAGAAGUUCAUAUCCAAAAUAAUGUUCAUGUGUGCAGUUUGUAGACCAUUGUUUGGUGUUCAUGGUGAAGUGUUGUUUGAUGGAAAAAUUGGAAUUUUUCCCUUUACCAAACAAGUUGCAGCCAAGAGGUCAAGUAAAAACAAGCAGGAAGGCACUAUGGAGACAAAACCCAUAGAGAGUAUCACAACAGAUGUGGUGAGGGAAUGCUUGAUCAAUAAGAUAUUACCUGCCAUCAUAGCCAAGUGGCCAGAUGGGGCAACUAAAGUUCUCAAGAUACAACAAGAUAACGCGAGACCACACAUCAAAGACAAUGACCCAGCUUUCAGAGAAGCUGCACAACAAAGUGGUUUCUCAAUCUCAAUUGUGCAACAACCACCUAACUCACCUGACACCAAUGUGAAUGACUUGGGUUGGUUCAGAGCAAUACAGUCACUACAAACUCAGACUGCAUGCAAUAAUGUGGAUGACUUAGUGAAUGCAGUUGAGAAAUCAUUCCAUGAAUUACAACCAGAGACUUUGGAUAAUGUUUUCCUAAGUCUUCAAGGCUUGGUACAUGGAAAUUAUGAAAGUCCAGGGUCAGAACAGAUACAAGCUGCCCCACAUGGGGAAAGCACAUUUAAGGAGGACAAAUCAACUUCCACUGAAUCUAGAAGUUCCAGUGGAACUGGUUAUGGAAGUAGUAGCUUAUCUGAGAGACCAGGGGAGCAACCAUGGAUUGGAGUCAAUAUCCCAAGCCUUAGGAUUAUGAAGGUAUAG